UUUUUUUUUAUACAUAAAUAAUGCAGUCAACAAUUCAUGUUAUCACUGAUCAAAAUGUAGAUGUUCAUGCUCCUGCUAAAACCUAUUAUACAACGGGUAGUAAUGCAGGCGGAUUCGUUAGUAGAUUAAAGAACUACAAAGCAAGUAAAGAUAAGGCCGAGUAUUUUAUUCCUCCAAGAAAAAGAAGGGCAUCACAUGAUGACAAAAACAAGGCACAAAAAUUUUUGAUUGACGUCAAAGAGACGCAACGUAUUUUAGUGGAACAAGAAGAUACAGAUGGAGACUUCCAAAUCACUGUUAAUGAUUUGGGGCCCAAAUCGUUUGCAGUAGGCACCGCUGAUUCUGGGGGAUAUCGUAAGAUUGAAAUUCGAGGUACUUACAUGCUUUCCAAUUUAUUACAAGAAUUGGCUUUAGCAGAUGAUUAUGGACGCAAACAUAUUGUAUUGGAUGAAGCUCGACUGAAUGAAAAUCCAGUGGAUCGACUCUCUCGUACGAUUCGGCAUCACUUUUGGGAUGGACUAACACGACGUAUUGAUGCUGAUGGACUAGAUAUUAUUUGUGCAGAUCCGAAAAAUAGAUCUGCUAAAAAUCACAAUCCUCGUAUCUAUAUUCCUUAUUCUGAAGAUGACAUGUUUGAAUACUAUAGAGAGGUUGCAAUUGCUAAAUCUCAUUUGAAUCUUGAAGUAGAGCGUUUACCCAAGGAGAUUACACAUGAAUUUGUGAAAUCCAUUAACGAUCGUCCUGGUAUUUUAGCCCUUGCGAUGAAGAAGGAAUUUAAUAAUCAGACCCAAAAGUACGUCUGGCAAGGUGUUCCAUUUAUCGUUCCAGGCGGUCGAUUCAACGAAAUGUACGGUUGGGAUUCAUACUUUGAAGUCCUGGGGCUCUUAAUCGACGGUCGUAUCGAACUUGCACAAAGUAUGGUGGAUAAUUUCGUAUAUCAAAUCAAACAUUAUGGUAAGAUUUUAAAUGCUAAUAGAUCAUACUAUCUCUGUCGCUCUCAACCUCCCUUUUUAACUGAUAUGGCAUUACGUGUAUAUAAAAAACUGGAUCAUUCAACUACUAGCAAAAGGCUCACAAAUACCAUGUGGCUUGCAAAUGUCUUUGAAUUUGCUAUUAGAGAAUACAAUCAGGUAUGGAUUUCAAAGCCUCGCUAUGAUGAAAAAACCGGUCUUUCCAGAUUUAGACCAGAAGGCUUAGGAAUCCCUCCUGAGACAGAGGCCUCUCAUUUUGAUCAUGUCAUUCAACCUUACGCUACAGCAGCUAACCUAAGUAUCAAAGAAUAUAUGGAUAGAUAUAAUGACGGCUCUAUCAAGGAGCCAUUGUUGGAUGAUUAUUUUUUACAUGAUCGUGCAGUCCGAGAAUCAGGACAUGAUACCACUUAUCGAUAUGAGAAAGUUUGUGCUAAUUUAGCUACCGUCGACUUGAAUACUCUCCUUUAUAAAUAUGAAAUGGAUAUUGCAGAUGCAAUUGAUACCUACUUUGACGGGGAGCUUUCAUAUUUUACAGAAACGCUUGCCAAUGGCCAAUCUAUCAUUACAAGGCAUCAUUCUAAAGAAUGGAGAGAAAAGGCCAAAUCCAGAAAAGAAAAAAUUGAUAAAUACUUGUGGAAUGAAGAAAAGGGACUUUACUUUGAUUAUGACACUGUCUUGGAAAAACAAACAAAUUAUGAAUCGGUCACUACAUUAUGGACUAUGUGGGCUAAAUGUGCAUCCAAGGAACAAGCCAAAAGAUUGAUUAAAUCACUUUAUAAGUUUGAAGCCUUGGGCGGCCUUGUAUCAGGUACAAAAGAGUCAAGAGGUGUUCUUUCACUUGAUCGUCCUAAUCGUCAAUGGGAUUUCCCAUUUGGUUGGGCACCUCAUCAAAUUAUGGCAUGGCAAGCAUUUGAAAACUAUGGAAGGCAAGAUAUUGCUGAAAGGCUUGCUUAUCGUUGGCUUUACACGAUAACCAAAUCUUUUGUUGACUUUAAUGGAGUUGUACCUGAAAAAUAUGAUGUAGUGGGAAUGACACAUAAAGUUGAAGUGGAAUAUGGAAAUGUAGGUGUUGAAUUUAAAUAUGUUCCCCGGGAAGGAUUUGGAUGGAUGAAUGCAUCUUAUCAAAUUGGACUAUCUUUGAUUAAUACAAAGAUGCGUCGCGCAUUAGGAACCUGUAUACAUCCAGACUUGUUCUUUGAAAAGACACUAUUAAGCAAUAAUAGACAAUCAAUGGAUCCUGAAGAAGCCUCACGUCUUUUAGAACAUAGAAAGUCAGCAGAAGCAGCAGCAAGAAAGAUUACGCAUAAUGGUCAAAUUACAGCUGCCAUUACUCGUAUUGAUACUACAUAUUAUCAUGAAGAACCUAUUGGCACAAAUGAAGUACAACAAACAUUUUUAGAAUUAACAGAACCAUCUAUUUUGUAAGUUGUCUAUGUACACAUGAACAAAUUUUUAAAAUAAGCAAUAAAAUAUAUUUUUUAUAUAUGUA